AUGCAAUUGCAGUGCAGCGUAUUAGUUAAUUCGCGCACUCUGCUGACGUCUCAAUUACGACCACGGUACAGCAGAGGAAUUUUGAUUCUAAGACGCGGGAAAGUCAAUAAAAUAGGUGGAUGUGAAUUAAUCAUAACUACUCCUCGAGACAAAAAUGGACGACUUUUCAAUAUAACUAGAGGAAGUGUUAGGCGAAUUCAUUCUGCAAAAAUACAAUGGGGAUCUGUUACGAUAGAAAUGAACUCUCCGUCAGUUUUGAUUUGUAUAAAAGAGGCACCAAUUCUUUUACUUCAUAAUUUCAUUUCAAAGCUGCAGAAGAUAGUAGCAGGUGAAGAAGUUGUUCUGGAUGAAAACGAAAAGGUUACAUCCACCAGUUUCGCCUUACUUCGAAAAAAACUAACUAUUACUAGCAAGAAACAAUACAACGAAAAUAAACUGGGAUUUCCGCCUUACUUACAAGAAUUGAUAAUGUCAAAAAUUGGUCUGACUGCUGUUGACAAUCGUUGGUUUGGAGCUACUUCUCUUCAUGUACUUGAUCUCAGCGGCAAUAAGCUUGGCAAAUCAGAUUCGUUCGAAAUCAAAUUCCUUAACAUUGUUCUGUUGCAGCAUCUUAAAGUACUUACACUUGCUGACAAUGAAAUACAGUGUAUUUCGGAUGAUUUGUGGAAUGCUUUACCACAGAAUUUAUUGUCACUGGACUUGUCAAGCAACCAAAUUUCCUAUUUGUCACCGUGUUGUAUGCGGUUCCCACAAAUGACUCAUUUAUGGCUUAGUUAUAAUAGGAUUGAAGAAUUACCACGAACUAUAAACAAACUGGUAAAGUUGAAAUAUUUGGAUAUUAGCUGGAACAAAUUAAAAUUCUUACCCUCUGAAAUAAAGGAUCUCUCACUUGAUAUGAUUGAUGUGACUGCUUACAACAAUGACGAAAAACUAAAACUACAAGAUAUUUUUGAUCAGCUAGUUGAAACGGUCGGUCCGGUGGUUAAGGUUGGCACACUGUUCGAAUAUGCUGCUGCUACUGUUUUAAAUUAUAGAAUAAGUACGAGUUCUUUGCCAGAGUUACUGCGUGUAAUGAUGCAAAAAGCAGUUCAGAAUUGUAAAUGCAAAUCCGGAGGCAGCUACAGAUUUUAUCCUGCUAGUAUUGUUACUGCAAAAUAUCAUAUCGAAGACAUACGAUCUCUGGUAUUUCAAGCAGUUUCACGAACUAAUUAUCAUGUGAUUUUGCAAGAUGUGGAGGUGAUAUAA